UCUCUCUCUCUCAUCUCAUGGAAAGAACCGACAGUAUCGUAGUUCCCCCAAGAUAUGGAAAGAUGAUCACAAUUCUCAGCAUCGAUGGCGGCGGCAUAAGAGGGCUUAUCCCCGCAACCAUCCUCUCUUUCCUCGAAUCCGAACUUCAGAAGCUGGACGGUGAGGAUGCAAGAAUCGCCGACUACUUUGAUGUGGUUGCAGGAACAAGCACAGGUGGUCUUGUGACGGCCAUGCUCACAACCCCAAAUGAGAAUGACCGCCCACUGUUUUCUGCCAAAGAUAUUAGCGACUUUUACAUGAAUCACUGCCCUAAAAUCUUCCCCCAAAAGAAGUUUCCUUUGUUUCGUUAUACUAGAAAGAUCAUCAAAGCUCUGGGAGGACCAAAAUACGAUGGCAAGUAUCUACAUGGCUUGAUUAGGCAAAAACUGGGCGACACAAAGAUGGACCAAACAUUGACUAAUGUUGUCAUUCCCACAUUUGACAUCAAGAAUCUCCAGCCCACUGUCUUCUCCAGCUUUAGGGUAAGGCAUAAGCCAAGCUACAAUGCCUUGCUCUCUGACGUAUGCAUUGGAACCUCAGCAGCACCAACUUUUCUUCCAGCUCACUAUUUUGAAACCAAGGACGAAUUUGGACAAACUAGAGAAUUUAACCUCAUAGAUGGUGGCGUGGCUGCAAAUAAUCCAACUUUACUUGCUAUUUGUGAAGUAACAAACGAAAUAAAGAAGGCGAAUCCGGACUUCUUUCCUGUGAAACCAGUGGACUAUGGACGAUUUCUGGUGAUAUCAUUAGGAACUGGCACAUCAAAAGCUGAACUGAAAUACAAUUCACAUACUGCAGCCAAAUGGGGCCUCUUGAACUGGUUAACCAGCGGUGGCACCACCCCAAUCAUCAACGUGUUCAGUCAAGCAAGUGCCGAUAUGGUUGAUCUUCACCUUUCUGGAGUUUUCCAAGCCCUCCACUCAGAGGAUUACUAUCUUCGAAUUCAGGAUGACACGCUUCGUGGGACGGUGUCUUCUGUGGAUGUAGCCACAAAGAAGAACUUGUCCCGUCUUGUCACAGUUGGAGAAGGCCUAUUGAAAGAACGAGUUUCCAGGGUUAAUUUGGACAGUGGCAGGUUUGAGGCUUCUGAUCGUGAGACGAAUGAAGAGGCUCUUAGAAGGGUUGCAAAACUACUCUCUGAGGAGAAGCGUCUUCGCCAAGAAACGUUGAAUAAUGGGCUUGCUUCAAGCUCCCACUGAUAUAUAUACAUAUACAAAACAACUAUUGAUUCUUUCAUUUAGAAUCGUUUGGAAAAUUGUAAAUUGUUGUAAGGUCAGGUGUAUGGGGGCAAAAUGAUCCCAUCAUACCUUGAUCUCCCUUCUUUUAAUAUUGUGUGUGUUUGAAUAAAUCCCAGGUGGGAUAUCAAUGUGGAUAGAUGUAUACAUAUACAUUCUUUCUUUCAAAUUCUUUUGGUUGUGGGAACAUCAAUAAAAACAUUUUAUUUUGUUAUUAU